ACCAUUGACGUCUUGUCAUAUUUUCACCCCGGGCCAUUGUAGAGGUUGAGUUCCGAAGGUUUACCUAAAGACUGUUUCUCGUUCGGAAACUCGGAAGGGUCUAAGUUUCGGGCUGCCCCAUAGGGCUGAGCCUAUGCCAUUCCAGUUGGAACCCUGACUGCACAGGAGGAUACUAUUUUGGAUCGCCUCAAUAUUAUUCUGCUGCCUGGCACCACCUUCCAAUCGGGUACCCCCGUUUCAUAGACCCUGACUGGGGAUUCUGCACUAGCUUAGUUGAACGAGACACAAUGCAAUCACAAUAGGGUCCUCAAUAAUAUCUCAGGCACCACAAACUCAGGGCCGAGGAUGUCUACAUGCUGCGCCUUGCCUGGCUUGGCCCUGCCACCUCAGAUUUUGCUGUGCUCCAUUUAUGCAUUCGGAGAUUUUGGUACGCAGGAAUCAGUAAGCUCUAAUAGUGUGGUCCGUUCGUCAAUUUCUUAUAAAUCACCCUGGCGCACCCUCACUCUCAAUGCACUGAGUCUGUGUUAUGCUAGACGUGUCACUUGGUGCAACCCAAAGCAGACAUGAAGUUCAAUGCACUCUUAACGACCCUAGCGGCGCUGGAGUAUAUCCAAGGAGGCGCCGCGGUUCCUACAACCGUCGACCUCACAUAUGCAGACAUAUCACCUCGCGCACUGGAUAAUGCCCCCGAUGGUUAUACCCCGAGCAAUGUAUCCUGUCCUGCAAACAGGCCGACGAUUCGCAGCGCGUCAACCCUGUCAUCGAACGAGACAGCAUGGGUGGACGUCCGGCGUAAGCAGACUGUCUCAGCGAUGAAAGAUCUUUUCGGUCAUAUCAACAUGAGCUCAUUUGACGCUGUUUCGUACAUCAACAGCCAUUCAUCAAAUAUCACCAACAUACCCAACAUCGGUAUUGCCGUGUCCGGCGGUGGCUACAGAGCCUUGACUAACGGCGCGGGAGCACUCAAGGCAUUCGACAGUCGAACGGAAAACUCAACCCAUAAUGGACAGCUUGGUGGUCUUCUGCAGUCAGCCACAUACCUGUCCGGUCUGUCCGGAGGUGGCUGGCUCCUAGGCUCAAUCUAUAUCAACAACUUCACCACCGUCUCCAACCUGCAAACCUACAAAGAGGGCGAAGUCUGGCAGUUCCAGAAUUCGAUCACAAAAGGCCCAAAGACCAACGGCUUGCAAGCCUGGGAUACAGCCAAGUACUACCGCGACCUGGCCAAGGUAGUCGCUGGCAAGAAGGACGCGGGCUUCAACACCUCCUUCACGGACUACUGGGGUCGCGCACUCUCCUACCAACUGAUCAACGCGACCGACGGAGGCCCCGGCUACACCUGGUCAUCGAUCGCUUUAACCCAGGACUUCAAGAACGGAAACAUGCCCAUGCCGCUCCUUGUCGCCGACGGCCGCAACCCAGGCGAGACCCUAAUCGGCAGCAACUCGACCGUGUAUGAGUUCAACCCCUGGGAAUUCGGCAGUUUUGAUCCGUCCAUCUUCGGCUUCGCUCCCCUCGAAUACCUCGGAUCCUACUUCGAGAACGGCGAAGUCCCAUCCAGCCGAUCCUGCGUCCGCGGCUUCGACAACGCAGGCUUCGUCAUGGGAACCUCCUCCAGUCUCUUCAACCAAUUCAUCCUGAAGCUCAACACCACCGACAUCCCAUCAACCCUCAAGACGGUCAUCGCCAGCAUUCUCGAAGAACUAGGCGACCGCAACGACGACAUCGCCAUCUACUCCCCCAACCCCUUCUACGGGUACCGCAACGCGACAGUUUCAUACGAAAAGACCCCGGACCUGAACGUCGUCGACGGUGGCGAAGACAAACAGAACCUCCCCCUCCAUCCUCUCAUUCAACCCGCCCGCAACGUGGACGUCAUCUUCGCCGUCGACUCCUCAGCCAGUACCUCGGACAACUGGCCCAACGGAAGUCCUCUCGUCGCGACGUACGAACGUAGUCUCAAUUCAACCGGCAUCGGAAACGGCACUGCGUUCCCUAGCGUCCCGGACAAGAGCACCUUCAUUAACCUGGGCUUGAACACCCGUCCGACUUUCUUCGGCUGUAAUAGUUCCAAUAUCACAGGCCAUGCACCACUGGUUGUCUACCUCCCCAACUACCCCUACACAACCCUCUCCAACAAGUCGACCUUCCAGCUCAAGUACGAGAUCUCGGAGCGUGAUGAGAUGAUCACCAAUGGCUGGAACGUGGUUACUAUGGGUAAUGGAUCAAGGAAGUCUUACGAGGAUUGGCCGACUUGUGCGGGCUGUGCUAUUCUGAGUCGCUCGUUUGAUCGGACUAAUACCCAGGUGCCGGAUGUCUGCUCGCAGUGUUUUGACAAGUAUUGCUGGGAUGGAACGAGGAAUAGUACGACGCCGGCGGCGUAUGAGCCGAAGGUAUUGAUGGCUAGUGCGGGUGUGAGGGGUAUUUCGAUGUCGAGGUUGGUUUUGGGUCUCGUUCCGGUGGUGGUUGGGGUUUGGAUGAUGUGAGUGGAGGUUGGGAUCUAGGUGUUGUGGUGUGUAUGCUAGGUGAUCUUAUGAGAAUGAGUUUACGACAGUCCUGAUAUACUUCAGAAGUAGAUCCAGUAAAGAUGUGUUACUUACAUAGAAAGCAGGAAUGGAUUGGAUGUAAUGUUUAUUCAGUUAGACGUAAAAGGAAC